CAAUCAACGCGAGAGGUUGUUUACGUUUGUGUUUCUCUAUGUGCUAAACUCUUGGAAUACACAUGUGUAAUUUUAAUUGACAUAAUGUACACAUAUUUUACCGUAGGAAUCAGGUGUAUUAACGAAAAUCAUGGAGUAUUGUUGUCUCUCGUUCUUUAAUUCAAAUUAGAAAGUUAAUAUUGUGUAUAUGCGGGUGACAUUUUAUUACCAAGGUUCAAGGCUGUUUGAAAAUGGAUGCCUUAUUUAAUACACAGGAAGUCAGUGCAAUAAUGCCUGUUUUCAGCGAAUAAAUAGUGUUUUAAGAAAUAACUUGUAUUGUUUAUACGUUAACAUAGUUGUUACACGUGAUUGUGGAUCAGUAUCGUGAUUAUUUGAAAGAAGACCAUGUCGAAAACCUUGGAAUUACAUUCCGAAUCGUUCAUUGAUAAACAGCCGCCAUUGCUAGACCAAAACAAAUAUAUUCGCCACAGGUUACUGCGACAUAAGACGAUUAACAACGUUUAAAUGUUUAAGAUGUAGUGUAAACAGAUAUUAUGCAGACUUUGAGUUAUUUUGUUACAGUUUUACUUUAUUUCGUGCCUGUGAUAGCCAUUGUUACCUCAGAAGAACCAGCACUGGGGUCUUUCAAUGAUGCACGGGUCACUGAUGUACGGUUGACCAACUCGAACAAGAAGAAUAAUUAUGGAAUACUGGAAGUGUCAAUAGAUGGAACAUGGACAGCGGUCUGCGAUGAUAAUUUCGAUGACAAUGCAGCGGCAGUUGUGGCCUGUCGACAGCUCAACUUUGUUGACGGAAGAUUUCAACCUGGUUCAGCAUUGGGCAGACUGGCACAGGAAGUCAUCGGAGCUGUCAGACUGGAUUGUCGUGGUAACGAGACCGACUUAUCUCAAUGCAGCAAUACCGUGUCCAAUCACUGUCUUUCUGAAAACUAUGUUACACUGUACUGUAGCCCUCGUACCAUUGUGGAAAAAGAAUGUGUAGAAAUCAGAAUUAAAGAUGGAUAUAGCUAUGGCCGGUUGGAAGCUAAUCAGUAUGGGUUCUGGGGACCAAUUUGUGAUUUUGACUGGACCGAUUUGGAAGCCGACGCAGCCUGCCGGGAACUUGGUAAAGCAGGCGGAUACGCUUAUUACGCUGUGAGUAACUCUGAUGAUCCCAUGGUGGUUGGUCGGUUUAAUUGCUCCGGUGGUGAGGGCGCUCUGAAACACUGUGAUUUCAAAGGAUUUGGAGAGGCUCUCGGUUGUCAGUACCCGAUCACUAAAGGAUACAGAAGGGCUGCUGGUGUGUUUUGCUAUGACCAUAAAGAUGGCGUACAAUUUCGUCUCUCCGAUCGCUGGUAUGGUAAAGUACAGGUAAAACACAACGGGGAAUGGGGCCGCGUCUGCAAUGCUAACUGGGGUAACAAGGAAGCCAGUACUCUAUGUAGACAGCUCGGCUAUGUUGACGGACGGGCAGAAAACACUCCGAGUGAAAGCCCAGGAAAAGUACGGAUCAAUGAUGUGAAUUGCACCGGAUCGGAAAGUUCAAUUCUAGAGUGUAGUCAUCACUCGAGCUGGACCGGGUCGAUGAGCCAGUGUCACGAUGCGGAGGUCAUCUGCGAAAUCAAAAUAUGCGGUACCAUGGACGUCAGAAACUCGGUAGAUUCAUUGAACCAGUUACGCUACUGUAAUGUGAUCGAAGGAAACCUGACGAUACUCCUGAUAGCUGGCAAGUGGGAAGAUUUUCAGAAAUACAGCUUUCCAAACCUUGUAGAAAUCACAGAAUAUCUGGUGCUGUUCAGAGUCGAUAAUUUACGAAGUCUAAAUCACUUGUUUCCGAACCUCGCCAUCAUUCGCGGAGAUCGACUGUUCAACGAUUAUGCAUUGGUCGCCUUUGAAAUGCCCGAUCUCGUGGAACUUGGUUUGUCAAGUUUGGUGUCGAUUCCUAGAGGUGCCAUCAGAUUGGAGAAAAAUCCGAACCUAUGUUAUAUUGAAACGAUUGACUGGGAGAAAAUAACAACGGGAGUGACGAUGUCGGAGAACUACUUUAAAGGCAAUAAAGAUGUACAAGAAUGCGUUAACAAGUGUCCGAGUAACUGUGAUCAAACAUUAGAAUACGAUAAGAAAAUGCCUAGAUGCUGGACGAUAAACGACUGCCAGAAAAUGCUAUGUAAGUACGAAUAUGAGUGGUUCAUUUGAUAGACUAGUAUCAAGAAAUCUAAGGA